AUGAAGUUCAAUCUCGCCAUUGCAGGAGCCGUGCUCCCUUCCCUUGCCAUGGGAUUCCCCCAGAUGAUGGGCGGUAGCAAGGAGGAUAUGAUCAAGAUGCUCCAGGAGAGAGCCGCCGAGGAAAAGUUGGCCAAGAGAGAACCUCAGGUCCUUGGGAGCCUAGGCAACACCCUCGGCGGUGUCGUUGGUGCUCUGGUCAGUGAUGUUAGAGGUCUUCNNUUGGUAUGUUCGAUGACGCUAUUCGAUAUGAUCCAUACUGACAGACUUGAAGGAUCUGUCGCCGAGGGUGUUCUGAACCCUGACGACAAGCGUCCCGAAGAAGGUUACACAUUCCAGGCACCUGGUGCUGGUGACAGCCGUGGUCCUUGCCCUGGUCUCAACCUGCUUGCCAACUACGGGUACUUGCCUCGCGACGGUUAUGUCAACUAUGGCCAAGUGUUGGAGGCCACCGCACGUGGCUUCAACAUGGGUACCGACCUUGCCACAGUCUUGGCUGUCUUCUCCAUUCUCGCCAAUGGUGAUAUUGCUACCGAGUCAUUCUACCUCGGUGCUGGUCCUGGCAAUGUCGGUGGCUUGAACCGUCACUCAACUGCCGAGGCCGAUGUAUCUCCCCAUCGUGAGGAUUACUAUACUGGCUGUGGUGACAACCACCACGUCUCAUCCCGUCUCGUCAAGCAGAGUGUUGCUCUCGUCGCAGCUUCGGGCAGCAAGCAAUACGACAUGUCCGUCAUGGCUCAGCAGUACGCCAAGAACGCCGACUUCAGCAAGCAGUACAACCCCUUCCUCUACGCCUUCCCCUUCCCCCAGAUCGUCUCCCUCGGCGCCUUCGCCUUCUACCCUCAAUUCUUCAGCAACGGUACCUACGGUCUUGGAGGUGUUCCCAACUACGAAUCCGUUUCCAGCAUCGUUGGUUGGCAGCUUAACGAGAACACUGGCGAGUUCGAGUACGUUCCCGAGAAGUGGCCCGAGAACUGGUACCGCCGUAGCUACCCUUACGGUGCCGUCGAGGCCCUCAGCGAUGCCUUCCUCCAGAUCUACCCUUCGAACAUCAUUGUUCCCGGUGCUUCACAACUCCUCACACCUAACUUCAACGUCACCAACGUCCUUUGCGACGUCUUCCAGGGUCUCCGCUCUAUCACACCCUUGUUUAUCGCUGGAGACGAGAAGGCCGCCGGUGAGGCUGCCGACUGGGCUCUCAGCAAGCUUUCCCCUGCACUCGGCGUCGGUGCUCUUGGCUGCUCCCUAGACACCCUUUCGCCCGAUGAGACCGACCUCCUCUUCCCCAGCGCCAGCCAGACUGGUGGCCCCCUCAACUCUCCCUCCGCCCAGGCUUCCAACGCUGGCAACAACGUCUACAACAAGGUGUACUUCACUGCCGCACCCACCAAGCCCCUCUGCAGCCACAGCUCUGGUUAA